AUGACCUCUAUUAUCAAAUUAACUACCCUCUCGGGGGUUCAGGAAGAGUCUGCUCUUUGCUAUCUUCUGCAAGUUGACGAGUUUAGGUUUCUCCUGGACUGUGGCUGGGAUGAGCACUUUUCUAUGGAUAUUAUAGACUCCCUGAGGAAGCAUGUUCACCAGAUUGAUGCAGUGCUGUUGUCCCAUCCUGAUCCUCUCCAUCUUGGUGCCCUCCCGUCUGCUGUCGGGAAGCUGGGGCUGAAUUGUGCGAUCUAUGCGACCAUUCCUGUUUAUAAAAUGGGACAGAUGUUCAUGUAUGAUCUUUACCAGUCUCGACACAACACAGAGGACUUUACGCUCUUUACAUUAGACGAUGUGGAUGCAGCCUUUGAUAAAAUACAGCAGUUAAAAUUCUCUCAGAUUGUGAAUUUGAAAGGUAAAGGACAUGGCUUGUCUAUCACACCUCUGCCAGCUGGUCAUAUGAUAGGUGGAACAAUAUGGAAAAUAGUCAAAGAUGGAGAAGAAGAAAUUGUCUAUGCAGUUGACUUUAACCACAAGAGGGAGAUCCAUUUAAAUGGAUGUUCCCUGGAAAUGCUAAGCAGACCCUCCCUGCUUAUCACAGAUUCAUUUAAUGCUACGUAUGUGCAGCCUCGGAGGAAACAGAGAGAUGAACAGCUUCUGACAAAUGUCCUGGAAACGCUUCGAGGUGAUGGAAAUGUGUUAAUAGCAGUGGACACUGCAGGCAGAGUUUUGGAACUUGCUCAACUCCUUGAUCAGAUCUGGAGAACUAAAGAUGCAGGGCUAGGUGUCUACUCACUGGCCCUCCUGAAUAAUGUCAGCUACAAUGUGGUGGAGUUUUCUAAGUCCCAGGUAGAAUGGAUGAGUGACAAAUUGAUGAGAUGUUUUGAAGACAAAAGAAAUAAUCCAUUUCAGUUCCGCCACCUCUCUCUGUGCCACGGUCUUUCUGACCUGGCCCGGGUACCGAGCCCUAAAGUGGUGCUUGCCAGCCAGCCCGACCUGGAAUGUGGAUUUUCAAGGGAUCUCUUUAUUCAGUGGUGUCAGGACCCUAAAAACUCAAUCAUUCUAACCUACAGAACUACUCCUGGGACUUUAGCACGUUUCCUAAUUGAUAAUCCUUCCGAAAAAAUUACAGAAAUAGAGUUAAGGAAGCGUGUGAAGCUUGAAGGGAAAGAACUUGAAGAAUACUUGGAAAAAGAGAAACUAAAGAAAGAAGCUGCGAAAAAACUUGAGCAGUCAAAAGAGGCAGACAUAGAUUCUAGUGAUGAGAGUGACGUUGAGGAAGAUAUUGACCAGCCCUCAGCUCAUAAAACCAAGCAUGACCUGAUGAUGAAAGGUGAAGGUAGUCGUAAAGGAAGUUUCUUCAAACAGGCUAAAAAGUCUUAUCCUAUGUUUCCUGCCCCAGAAGAAAGAAUUAAAUGGGAUGAAUAUGGAGAAAUUAUCAAACCAGAGGAUUUCUUAGUGCCAGAACUUCAAGCAACUGAAGAAGAGAAAAGCAAAUUGGAAUCUGGCUUGACAAAUGGAGAUGAACCCAUGGAUCAGGAUCUAUCUGAUGUUCCCACUAAGUGUAUUUCUACAACAGAGUCUAUUGAAAUAAAAGCUAGGGUUACUUACAUAGACUAUGAAGGACGCUCUGAUGGAGAUUCCAUUAAAAAGAUCAUUAAUCAGAUGAAACCACGACAGUUGAUCAUUGUCCACGGACCACCAGAGGCCAGUCAAGAUCUUGCCGAGUGCUGCCGUGCAUUUGGUGGGAAAGAUAUUAAGGUGUACAUGCCAAAGCUACACGAAACAGUUGAUGCCACUAGUGAAACUCACAUCUACCAGGUGAGAUUGAAAGACUCACUUGUCAGCUCCCUUCAGUUUUGUAAGGCAAAAGAUGCUGAAUUAGCUUGGAUAGAUGGAGUCUUAGACAUGAGAGUUUCCAAAGUGGACACAGGAGUUAUCUUAGAAGAAGGAGAACUGAAGGAUGAUGGAGAAGACUCGGAAAUGCAGGUGGACGCUCCUUCGGACUCCAGCGUUCUGGCACAACAGAAGGCCAUGAAGAGCCUGUUUGGGGAUGAUGAAAAAGAAACGGGUGAAGAAAGUGAGAUCAUUCCGACUUUGGAGCCCUUACCCCCCCAUGAGGUUCCUGGACACCAGUCAGUUUUUAUGAACGAACCAAGAUUGUCAGACUUCAAACAAGUUCUUUUACGGGAGGGGAUUCAAGCUGAAUUUGUAGGGGGCGUACUUGUUUGCAACAAUCAAGUAGCAGUCCGCAGGACGGAAACUGGCCGCAUUGGAUUAGAAGGCUGCCUUUGUCAAGAUUUUUAUAGGAUAAGAGACCUUUUAUAUGAACAGUAUGCCAUUGUGUAA